AUGAAGCCUGGCGACAGCGGCCGCCCUGCGGCCUGCUGGGCGGCCCUGGAGGACUGCGGCGACUGUUUCGAGCAGGUGCUGGCUGCCCUGCAGCCCGCCGACGUGGCCGCCCUCCGCCUCGUGUCUCGUGGCUGGCGCCAGCAUGUGGACCUGCUGCUGCACCAGCUGCAGCCCGCGGCCGGGGCGCAGCCCGCGGCGGUGGCGGCCACGUGGCGCCACCUGGCGAGGCUGCAGCUGGCCGCCAGCGCGCGCUCCGGGCUGCCGCCGCUCGACGCGCUGCCGGGGCUGCGCUGCCUGCGCAGCCUGGCGCUGCACGGGCCGCCCAGCGGCCUGGGAGAGCUCAACUGCCGCAGCCUUGCCCCGCUGGAAGCCAUGCCUGGGCUGGAGGGGCUGGAGCUCAGCGGCCAGCUGCUGCGCCAUGCCACCACGCUGCAGCAGCUGGCGCAGCUGUCCCGCCUUGCCCUGCACGGCUGCACGCUGGCCGGCUGGCACGGCAGCCUGCCCGCGCUGCUGCUGCCGCUGGCCCGCCUCGCCCACCUGCGCUUCUACGCGCCGCGCGGCGGCGGCGGCGGCGGCGGCGGGCCCACCCUGGCCGGCCUCAGCCGCCUGACCGGCCUGACCAGCCUGGAGCUGAGCUGCGAGGACGGCGCCAGCGACGGCACGUGCCGCGAGGCAUCCGCCCUGCCGCGCCUGGCCAGCCUGGCCAUCGAGCGCUGCGCCAGCCUGGGCAACGCCGCGCCCAGCGUUGGGGACGCGGGCCUGGAGGCCCUGGCUGCCGGCCUCGCGCCGCGCCUCACCAGCCUCGCGCUGACGGGGUGCCGCGGGGUGAGCGACCGCGGGGUGGCGGCGCUGGCGGGCUUGGCCCAGCUGCGGCGCCUGGAGCUGCGGUUAGGAGACCCCGCACCGCACGGGCUGGCUGGGCGGGUGGGCGACGAGGGCCUGCGCUGCCUGGCGGAUCUCACCCUCCUCCAGUCCCUGCACCUGGGCGGCGCCUGCGUGGUGGGCGAGCACGCCUGCUCCGCGCUCGGCGGCCGCCUCCGCGCCCUCACCAGCCUGCAGUUCAGCGAUUGCCGCAGCCUGGGGGACGCGGCGCUGUACCGGCUGGCGCCGCUGGCGCCGGGCCUGCGCCGCCUGGGCCUCAACAACUGCGAGGGGGUGACCGACAUCGCUCUGGCGGUGCUGCUCAAGGGCGCCAGCAGGCAAGCGCUGCGCCGCGCCGUGCCGCUGAGCCACCUGGAGCUGGCCGGCUGCCACCGCAACAUCACCGGCAUCGGCCUGCAAGUGGGCAGCCUGCGCCGCCUGCGCCACCUCAACCUCGCCGGCUGCGACGCCAUCACCGAUGUCGAGAUCGAGGCGUUGCUGCCGGCGGCGCAGUGCCUGGAGCACCUCAAUCUGCGCGACUGCCGCGUGUCCGACCGCGCCUGCGCCCUGCUGGCCGCCUACGCGCCAAGCCUGCAGUGGCUGAGCCUGGAGCACUGCCCGCGCGUCAGCAAGCAGGGCCUGGCGUGCCUGGCCGCGGGCCUGCCCCUGCUGCGCGAGCUGCACCUGGUGGGCACCGCCGUUCCCUCCGAGGCAGCCGCCCAGCUGCGGGCCACGCCCCGCGGCCGCCGCCUGCGCAUCUCCACCUUCAAGCACUGCUGGUGGGUGCCCCCGGCGCCGCUGGACGGCGAAGGCGGCCAGCCAGUCGCCGGCGCCGGCCCCCAGUAG